ACGAUUAACCAUUUUAAGAAGUGCCACUGUGUCUGUUCUUUUACUCGGAGGAAUCCCGGAUUUUAAGGUUUUUCAUUCGGAUCCAACUGAUCCUGACCCGGAUUGUCAGUUCAUGGGUCGGAUCACAGUUGCAUUGGUUGUCAGUUCAUGGGUCAUACCCAUUUCCAUUUUUGUCAAUCAUAUUGUUCCUCAACCUUACAUGGAUGAGAUAUUUCAUGUUCCUCAAGUCCAGGAGUAUUGUAAAGGCAAUUUUAGAAGCUGGGAUCCUAUGAUAACAACUCCCCCUGGACUGUAUUUCUUUUCACUUGCCUAUGUUGCUUCUUUGUUUCCCACCGUGCAAUUUAUACAACCUACCUCAUAUCUUGUUAAUGCCUGCUCAACAGCCAUUCUUCGCUCUACCAAUGGCUUUCUGGCUGUAAUCUGCAGCAUCUUGGUUUAUGAUAUAACUAAAAAAUUGAAGCCUUCACUUGAUGACCGAAAAGCAACACUCUAUGCUAUUGUUCUAGCCCUAUACCCCCUCCACUGGUUCUUCACUUUUCUUUACUAUACAGAUGUUGCAUCACUUACAGUAGUUCUUGCUAUGUAUCUUAUGUGUCUCAAGAAGAACUACCUGGCCAGUGCUUUGCUUGGAGGUGUUGCUGUCCUUGUACGACAAACAAAUAUUAUUUGGAUGUUGUUUGUUGCAUGUAGUGGAGUUCUCGAUCUUAUUCAAUCUAAUCCAGAGCGUGAAGAGAGCUUGUUAUCAGAGUCUAAAGAUGACCGCUUUGCUUCUUCGAGUAGAGGUGCUAUUAUCAGCUCCAACUUGAAAAAGAGAAGAUCGGGUAAUGCUACUUAUACUACUACUGGUUCUGUCAAUGGAUCAAGGCAAUUCCGUCAUCGUGACCGUUCAUCUGAUUUGUUUGGUGAGAUUUGGAGCAUAUCAUCAGUGGCUUGGCAUCUGAAAUGGGAGCUCCUUGUCUCUUUUAGCCCCUUCUUUGCAUUACUAGUGGCUUUUGCAGCAUUUGUUGUUUGGAAUGGCAGUAUAGUUCUUGGGGCUAAAGAAGCUCACACAGUUUCUCCACAUUUUGCUCAGUUAUUGUACUACAGUUUGGUCUCUUGUUGUUUUAUGGCUCCUGUGCACUUCAGUACUAGUCAAGCUGCAAAUUUGGCCAGAUCAUUCUGGCAGAAUCGCCCCGUUAGCUUCUUAUUAUCGUUUCUUGCUAUCGUAGUUGGGUUUCUUUCAGUGCACUACUUCAGCAUUGCUCACCCCUAUAUACUUGCUGAUAAUCGUCACUAUCCCUUUUAUCUAUGGAGAAAGAUUAUAAAUGUUCAUAGCUCAAUGAGAUACCUGCUGGUUCCAUUAUAUGUGUACUCGUGGACUUCUAUCUUUAAUAUUUUAGCAAAAGCUCAGAAGAAAGUGUGGGUCCUGGUUUAUUUCCUAGCUUCAGCUGCCGUUCUUAUCCCCACUCCACUCAUAGAAUUCAGAUACUACACCAUCCCAUUCUUUAUCUUAGUUCUUCAUUGUCAUAUCAGUAACGAUCGAAUGUGGCUGCUUAUGGGACUCCUAUAUACAUCCAUCAAUAUAUUCACAAUGAUAAUGUUCUUAUAUCGACCUUUUCGUUGGGAUCAUGAGCCUGGUAUUCAGAGAUUCAUAUGGUAAAUGAUUGUUAUUCUUCUAGAAAUGAGGCGCAUUUGCAGUUUUGCUAAUUUUACAUCCGGUCUUGUAAUUCCCACUUGUUAUGUAACCCCAACAUGGAUUUGUAAAUAUUCUGUUCUUCCUUCUAAUGAUUUACAAGUAUAUUAGGAUUUAGGACCUUUCAAUAUUGUAGUAUCAUUGUUUUGUAGUACCAGCUAGUUGUGGUUAGGUAACUUAAGAGAUGGCAAAAUGGACAUGCUAGGCUGGUUACCUAACUUGUCAAAAUGAGCUCCAAGUGGAAUGAAUCAUCUUUUAGUAUCUA